CUCAUUUUCAGCUGCCAAUCAGAUGAAGCGUUUUGACGCACAGCGCUCCGGCGGCGCUCAGGGGGCGGAGUCAAGCGCUGUAUGCAGAAUAAAACCACUGCAGCCCGCGAGCAGACCUCAGUGUGAGGAGAAUCAUGGACGUAAACUAAACAGAAAGUUACCAUGACAAAAGUUAGGCAUUUCUUUCAAAUUACAGCAACAACACCCGUUUCCCUUGUAAAUCAACAACCUUUUCCCCCCCAGGGUCUGAGGUUUGCUUAAGUUUACAAGGCAUCGCUCUUUCUACACUAACUACAGUUACACUCUGACAGAAAGAAUGCGCGAGUCAGUUAGCAUUAGCCGGCUAGCAGCGUGCUGACAGCAGCGACAGGAGGCGAACAAAAGAUUGCUCUGCAUUUGUCCGCUUGCACUGACAUUCGGUCCAUGUAGAAGGGGCGAUUACCAACACAAUGCCCGUGUUACUUUUCCUGAUAGACACGUCCGCCUCCAUGAACCAGCGCUCCCAUCUGGGCACUAGCUAUCUGGACAUAGCGAAGGGCGCAGUUGAGACUUUCCUGAAGCUGAGGAGCAGAGAUCCGGCCAGCAGGGGAGACAGAUACAUGUUAGUGAGUUUCGAGGAAACACCGGCUGGAAUUAAGGCUGGAUGGAAGGACAGUCACGCCACUUUUAUGACUGAGCUAAGGAACCUGCAAGCAGUUGGACUGACAUCGAUUGGCCAGUCUUUAAGGACAUCUUUUGAUUUGCUCAAUCUCAAUAGAUUAGUUUCUGGGAUAGACAACUAUGGACAGGGUAGGAACCCUUUCUUCUUGGAGCCUGCAAUCAUUGUGGCCAUAACCGAUGGCAGCAAGCUAACCAGCAGUUCUGGUGUACAAGAUGAGUUACAUUUGCCUCUGACAACACCACUGCCCGGGAGUGAGCUGACCAAAGAGCCCUUCCGAUGGGACCAGCGACUCUUCUCUUUAGUGCUCCGCAUUCCAGGCAAUGCCUCUCCUGACCCUGAGCCAAUAGGUGGAGUUCCACUUGACCCAUCCCCUAUUACGCCCAUGUGUGAGGUCACUGGGGGCCGUUCAUACAGCGUAUUCUCCCAGAGAAUGCUGAACCAGUGUCUGGAGUCACUGGUGCAGAAAAUCCAGAGUGGUGUGGUCAUUAAUUUUGAGAAGACUGGACCUGAUCCACCACCUACUGAAGAUGGCCCAAUAGAAAUGAAGUAUGGACCUCAAUCAUGGCACAGCUGUCAUAAGAUGAUCUAUGUCAGACCUAACCCUAAAACGGGUGUUCCUGUUGGUCAUUGGCCUAUCCCAGAAUCCUUUUGGCCUGACCAGAACUCUCCUACUUUGCCUCCACGUGCAGCUCACCCGCAGGUGAAGUUUUCAUGCGUUGAUUCAGAGCCCAUGGUGGUGGAUAAAGUGCCCUUUGACAAGUACGAGCUGGAGCCCUCUCCGCUCACACAGUACAUACUGGAGAGGAAAUCACCGCACACCUGCUGGCAGGUUUUUGUGUGUAACAGUGCUAAAUACGGAGAACUCGGGCAGCCGUUUGGUUAUCUGAAGGCCAGCACAGCUCUUAAUUGUGUCAACCUGUUUGUCAUGCCCUAUAACUACCCUGUGGUGCUGCCUUUGCUUGAUGAUUUGAUUACUGUGCAUAAGUUCAAGCCUCCAGCAAAGUGGCGGCAAUCUUUUGAGAACUAUCUUAAAACGGUCCCGCCUUACUAUAUCACUGCCCUGCGGAAAGCACUAAGAAUGAUGGGAGCUCCAAACCUUUUGGCUGACAACAUGGAGUACGGUCUGAGCUAUAGUGUUGUGUCUUAUCUCAAAAAGCUCAGUCAGCAGGCAAAGAUCGAGGCAGACCGAGUUUGUGCAUCAGUAGGGAAAAAAACUGUACUAGAAGGCGGGAUUAAACUUCGCUGCAGAAGCUCCGCCCUCUCUCUGGCACACAGGAAGGAUUUCACGCAGCUGCUGCACAGCAUAAUGGGAGAUGGCCCAGCUCUGCCAGUGGAGGCAAACAACAAGGAGUUUGCCGGCUUUCAACUAGCUGCUUUGAAUAAAGCAUUAAAACCACAAGGCCUGCGGAACCCCUAUGAUAUCCCCAGAUCUCAUCUGAUAGACCAGCUGAGCCGCAUGAGGCGGAACCUUCUGCACGCCAGCAUCUGUAUUCUGAAAGGUCAAGAUCAAGAUCAGCUGCACAGUGUUCCUAUAGCUCAGAUGGGCAACUAUCAGGAUUUCUUGAAGCAUUGUCCAUCCCCUCUAAGGGAAGCAGACCCCGAUCAACCUAAACGUUUGCACACCUUUGGUAACCCCUUCAAAUUGGACAAGAAGGCGAUGAUGGUAGAUGAGGCAGAUGAAUUUGUUACUGGCACUCAAGGCAAAGGCAAGCGUCCUGGAGAAUCUAGUAAUCCUGCUGGGGGCGGGGCCCCUAAACGGAGACGCUGCAUGUCUCCUCUGCUUCGGCUGGGACGGGCAUAUACACCUCCCAAAACACCACCUAGAACUCCAGAUAAUGAUGACCCAGAAUUGACCAAUCACAUCAACAACCAUCUCGAGUCAAACCUCAGCUCUGACAAAGAUCCAAGUCCUGCACCAGAGACUGAACUGAUCCAGCAGAGCAAUCACCUUCAGCCAGAAGAGGCGGAGAACCAGGAAAACAGAGUGCAGGAGAAUGGCCAGUCCAGCGAUAGUGAGUUAUCUCUGGGCAGCGAGGGAGAAGAGGAGGCCCCGCGCCGCUACCCUUCUCCCUGCCAACUGAAGAAGAUCAGAAACCAAGAGAGCCAGGAACUGAACUCCGAGCUCAGAGUACUUAUCACCAAGGAGAUCAGGAAGCCUGGCAGACGUUAUGAGAAAAUCUUCUACCUCCUCAAGCAAAUACAGGGCAGUUUGGAAACGCGUCUGAUCUUUCUGCAGAGCAUAAUCAAAGAAGCUGCCAGGUUUAAGAAGAGGGUCUUGAUUGAGCAGCUGGAGAACUUCUUAGAGGAGAUUCACUUAAGAGCCAACAGCAUGAAUCAUCUGGACGGUUUCUGAGCACUCCAUCUGUCCUGUCUGAAGGACUUGCACACACAUCUGCACUAUUUAUGUACUGUUAUUUUGGACUUGUGUGUCUCCAGUCUUUAUCAGUAUUGAAGCUGAUUUUUUUUUUUUUUUUUCAAUGAGGACUUGAUGGGUUAUCGCUAAACCUCAGGAUUGGGAGAAAUAGGAAAAGUUGCUCUUUCUACAACAAAUGGUCAUACGCAUACUGCUCUUUCUUUGUCUAUUCUUUUUUUUUUUUUGAGGCACCCCCUCUAAUUGUGCCAAAGAGAACUGGCUGAAUGGCAUCGGCUUCCUUAAUCAUUUCCAUUUUUGUAUGUCCCCCAUAGUCCCCUGCGACAUUUUGACACAUGGCAUUGAUCACCAAUAUAAAUGUUUUCCUUUCAUUUCAGUCGGGAAUUGCACCUCUGCAAACUCACUGCUGCACUCAGUCUCUGAAGAUAGACGAUUUACUGGAUAUCACAUUUGUUAGGUUGGAUCUCUCUAAUAAAGCAACUAAAUCAGCAAUAUUCUGCACCAAUAAGUUACGAAGCAAUUCUUUAAAGCUGGAGGUUUGAGUGAUGUUGAGGUUUUAUAAUUAAAUGUAGACUUGCACACUCCAAAAGUCAUUUGUUGUUUGUUUAAUAACUCAUCUCAGGAAUGAUGUUGGCAUUUGGCAGCAGAGGAGCAUCUUUCUGGAAUUUUCCUUUCCCAAUAUUCUUAAAGCUCUUUCUCCUUUCACAGAAGUAGCUUUUUUUCCCCCUAAAUCUAUUGAAACAAAUUUGCCCUUUUAGGCCUUUUUUUUUUAAACCACCCAGCAUUAAGCAUGGCUUCAAGCGACUGUUUUGCGUUUAGCAAAAGACCUUCUGUAGCGCAUCAUGUGGUUUUCAGACCACAGAAUCAUGACAGGCUUCUGUGAAAAAGGACUGUGUUGCUUUUCUGAACUGACUAAAAAUUGCAAAUGACAGUUCUGCACUGAGUAACCGUAUUUGAUUUACAGAAGCAACAACCAGAAGUUGAUACUUAAUCAUUCAAGAUGGAGUUAAGAGCCACUUAUUCAUUGACAUGGGAAGUUGCUGCUAAUGUAUUCCUACAUUUACUGCCAAAUAUUCAGUAACUUAGCUUUUUUUUUUUUUUUUUUUUUUUUUGGUAUGUCUUUGUAUCUCAUCCUCUUAACCCUGCACCCUAAUGUAGGGACCAAAUCUUUGCCAUACAUGUCAUCGAUAAAUGAGAAAGGCUUCUUUAAAAAAGUAUUUUUAUUAUGUUGUAUAUAUGUACAUGGUAACAUUGAAAAUAUUAUUUAAGAAUGUUUUGGUGGACAGCCUUUUUUGUAUGUAUUUGAAUAAAGUCUAUUUUACACUGUGAAUAGUCAUGUAAAUAAAUGACAUUUUCUGUCAUUAAUUUCUCAGUGGCACAAUGUCAUUAAAAAGGAUUGCAAAUCUUAAACUUACUGUGUUUUCUAUAUACUUUAAACCCGUUAGUUUGCAGGCAUAAAGAUUGAAGUUUAGUAUGGGUUUUGGUUUGUUUGGUUUUUUCACUUUUCAAUUGGUAAACCACAGACCGAUGAAACAGACUUUAGUUCUAGAUGUUACAAAUUUCAA